GACUUAAUUAACUACAUGUUUAUCAAUCAAAUUGUAUCAAAUGAAGCCUGUUUGAAAACUCCAUGUCAACAGUCUUUUGACAAAGCUUUUUAUGAUACCAUUACAGUAUAUAGCCGACAUUUAAAUUACAGUAAAUUACAAGCUUUCCUUCUUAUAAACAAGAUGGGUGAUAUUGAUGAUCUUCUUGAUGAGGUAGAGUCAAAGUUUUGUUCAGAUGGUCAAUCCAGCACUAGUAAAGUUAAAUCAAUAAAGCCAAAGAAAUCCUCAACAUCCUCAAAUAUAAAUGCGGAUAAUCUUGAUGAUAUUAUAAAUGACAUUAUUGAGGAUGAUGGUCUGGAAGCAGUUUUGAAAAGGAAUCGAAGCGAUUCAGCAUUAUCUUCCAACAAUAGUUUAAACUGUAGUGUUGAUUCAAAGUUAAAAUGUGUCAGUAUUUACAUUGGUGGUUCAACAAAACGUUUCGGGGCUGCUUCUGGUGCACAUCAAAAUCCAUGCGACAGACUGCAUUGCACAUCAUGUGAUAAUAAGAUUGUAACAUUUGAUGAUUUCAAAUGGGCGGAAGCGGACUGCAAUUAUCUGGUAUUUCGGAAUAACUAUCCAGACUUCAGUAGAUUAAAAUCUAAACUUCUACCGCGAAAAGGUUUUCGUUCCUAUUGCUGUCAAUGUAGCUGGUUGUCCGUAAAAGAUUUACUUGAAUUGAGAUCAUACAAGCCUGAUUUUAAGUGGGUUUGUAGAAAACAUUAGACAUUUUUGUCUACUCUGUACAUAUUUUGCAUGUUAUAUUUAUCGUGUAGUAUACUGUAAAAUUUUUUAGAUAUAUACUGUAGAUUUUUAGCAGUUUAUUAAAGGAGUAAAAAGUGAAACUACGAUUUAGGGUUAUUUUCAGUGUUUUAGACCGUCUAUAUAAAAAAGUGACCGAAAAAAACGUUAAUGGAAAAAUUUGUAGAAGGUGGCAUUAAAAUUAAUUGAAGGAAACAAAUCUUGUUUUGAAAAUUUAACUUCGCGUUAAAAAUAAGAGGAAAAUUUGACCUUAGUCGCGCUAAAAUAGAGGGUGGGGGAAUACCAUUUUUUUAAGUUGUUUUUUAUAUUACUUUUAUCUCUUUUUUUGCAUUGAUUUUCGUUUUUCCUUGGGCUUAUUUACUUUUGUUACGACUGCUUGUGCCAUUUUAUUAAGUAAACUUUGAUUCGAACUCGAGGAAAUAAAGAAAAAGAAAGUAACAUGUUCCCUAAAUUAUCUGGUUCGCAAUCUAAUAAGAGACAAAUCCGACCUUAGUUGCAUUAAAUUAGAGGAAAAACAAAAGUAAAUUUAGAGAAAUGACGCCUUGGAGAAAUAAUGGUAUAAAGCUUUGCUAGAACUUUCGUCUUCGCAAAGGCCAGUAUCACGUGGUACAACUUUCUCUGGAGUUUUUGAUUAACACCGGUCGUGUAAUGGAAGAAAUUAUAAUUUUUACAUCACAAAAAUCAUCCUUUACUUUAAUGUUUCCCUUAAACCAUACUGGCUAACUUAAAAAUAUGAACCUGUGAUUGAUUUACAAGUAUCAGCCGAUCUAUGUAUAUUUAUAUUUAUAUUUUAAUUUUAAAUCCAAUGUAAAUCAGGAUCCAAAGCUGUUAUUGAUCAUAAAACUAUAUAAAUA